GCCUUGAACAGCUACACAUAGAAGACCAAAGACUCCAGUUUUUUUCUAUAUAGCCUGAGAAACCAACUAAGGACUAGACAAGCAAGCCAAAAUGUUGAAGAUGUUUAAACGGGAGAGGCAAUUUUUGUCGAUCUUUGUCUUGUUCUUUCUCUCUUCCUCCAAUUUUGUUAAUUGUGGUCACUUUGUUCUGGUUCAUGGAGCAUUCCAUGGUGCAUGGUGCUGGUAUAAAGUGGCGACUCAACUGAAAUCAGCUGGUCAUAAUGUUACAACUCUAGACAUGGCUGCUUCUGGAAUCAAUCCAAGGAAAACACAAGAGGUUCUUUCAAUUUCAGAGUACCAUGAACCUUUGAUGGAAUUCAUGGGGUCACUUCCUUCAAAGGAGAAGGUGAUUCUUGUUGGUCACAGUCUUGGAGGGUUAUCUGUAUCAGUUGCUAUGGAAAAGUACCCUAAAAAAAUCCAUGUUGUUGUUUUUCUUGCUGCAAACGUUGUCAGUGAAAACCUCACUCAGCUGGCUUUUCUUGAAGAGGCGAGGAAAAGAUCACUAGGCUCUGUUUUGGAUACACAAUAUUUCAUCUUUGAUGGAGAGGACAAACCUCCUAUGCUCUCAUCAGUUGGACGUGAAUUCUUUGCAUCUCGAAUGUAUCAAUUAUCACCAGCUGAGGAUUUGACGCUUGCUUUUUCUCUGCUGAGACCUUUACCUCCUAUAAUGAACAAUACUGCAUUAUUGGCGAAACAAACAGCAGUUACCAAAGAGAAGAAUGGAAGGGUUCCAAAAGUCUUCUUCAUCACUGAGAAAGACAACAUUGUACUACAAGAUUUUCAAGAAUGGAUAAUUGAAAGAUCUGGUCCGUAUGCUAAAGUGAAACUCAUAAAGAAUUCUGAUCACAUGGCCAUGCUCUCCAAACCAAAAAAGAUUUCCUCUGAGCUUCUGAAGAUUACUUAAAAUAUCUGAAUGUUAAAAUACUAUAUAUGCACUACAAAAAAAAUGUUAAUGUACCAUCUCCAACUUGGACACUUUCUUAUUACUCUGUGCUUUGAAGUAUGAAAGAUUUCGAUGUCUUGUGUUGUAAAUAAAUUGUCACUUUUAAUUUUUGAUGUUUGUGUGUACUAGGAUUGAGACUCGUGCUAUGCAUGGGGUCUUUAUACCUAAUUUUUUUAGGUUAUGAUGUAAUCGAACCGUAUAGCAAUUGACUGCGUAUACGUUCAUAAAUAAAGAAUCCAUGUUUACUUAGCAUUACCAACAGCGAAAUAAAAAAUCUUUAGAUA